AUGUUGCUAGACAAGAUGUGGGACGACGUCGUUGCGGGGCCUCAGCCCGACCGUGGCCUUGGCAAGCUCAGGAAGAUAAGCACCAAGAAAUUAACCGUAGUCACGGAGGGAGAAGGAGAGAGUAGCAAGUUUCAGAGGUCGAUGUCGAUGCCAGCAACUCCAGGGACACCUUCCACUCCGGUGACACCCACAACUCCGGUUUCCGGUCGCAAGGAUAAUGUAUGGAGGAGCGUUUUCCACCCUGGAAGCAACCUUGCCACCAAGGGUCUGGGUGCUCAGCUCUUUGACAAGCCGCAGCAGCCUAAUUCCCCCACCGUUUAUGACUGGCUUUACAGCGGAGACACCAGGAGCAAGCAUCGCUGA